GGGGACGCAGACCCAUCUUUAAAGGCCGGGAACUCGCCCUAAGGCACCUCGACACCCGCCGGCGGCCCUGGGCGGUCCCGAGAAGCGCGCAGGACGCGGCUCCCCUUCACCUAAGCUACCGGGGGCCGCCAUGGGCCGCUACCGCAUCCGCGUGGCCACCGGGGCCUCGCUCUUCUCCGGGUCGCACAACCGCGUGCAGCUGUGGCUGGUCGGGGCGCGCGGGGAGGCGGAGCUGGAGCUGCAGCUGCAGCCGGCGCGGGGCCAGGACGAGGAGUUUGAUCACGACGUUGCGGAGGACUUGGGGCCACUGCAGUUCGUGAAGUUGCGCAAACACCACUCCCUGGUGGACGACGCGUGGUUCUGCGACCGCAUCACGGUGCAGGGCCCGGGAGCCUGCGCGGAGGCCGCCUUCCCGUGUUACCGCUGGGUGCAGGGCGAGGGCGUGCUGAGCCUGCCCGAGGGCACCGCCCGCCUGGCAGGAGACAAUGCAUUGGACAUGUUCCAGAAACAUCGAGAGAAGGAACUGAAGGAAAGACAACAGAUAUAUCGCUGGGCCACCUGGAAGGAAGGGUUACCCCUGACAAUAGCUGCGGGGUGUAAGGAUGAUCUACCUCCAAAUAUGAGAUUCCACGAGGAGAAGAGACGGGACUUCGAGUGGACAAUGAAGGCAGGGGCUCUGGAGAUGGUCCUCAAACGUGUUUAUACCUUCCUGAGCUCCUGGAAUCGCCUAGAGGAUUUUGAUCAGAUCUUCUGGGGCCAGAAGAGCACUCUGGCUGAGAAGGUUCACCAGUACUGGCAGGAUGAUGAGUUUUUUGGCUACCAGUUCCUCAAUGGCGCCAACCCCAUGCUGCUGAGACGCUCUACCUCUGUGCCCUCCCGGCUAGUGCUGCCCAAGGGGAUGGAGGAGCUUCAGGCCCAGUUGGAGAAAGAACUCCAGAACGGUUCCCUGUUUGAGGCUGACUUCAUCCUUUUGGAUGGAAUUCCAGCCAACGUGAUCCGAGGCGAGAAGCAGUACCUGGCUGCCCCCCUCAUCAUGCUGAAGAUGGAACCCAAUGGGAAGCUGCUACCCAUGGUCAUCCAGAUCCAGCCUCCCAACCCCAGCUCCCCCACCCCACCACUGUUCCUGCCCUCAGAUCCUCCACUUGCCUGGCUCCUGGCAAAGUCCUGGGUCCGAAAUUCAGAUUUCCAACUGCACCAGCUCCAAUAUCAUUUGCUGAACACUCAUCUGGUGGCUGAAGUCAUCGCUGUUGCCACCAUGAGGUGCCUCCCAGGGCUGCACCCUGUCUUCAAGCUCCUGAUCCCACACAUCCGCUACACCAUGGAAAUCAACACCCGGGCACGGACCCAACUCAUUUCAGAAGGUGGUAUAUUUGAUAAGGCAGUGAGCACAGGUGGAGGGGGCCAUGUGCAGUUGGUCCGUCGGGCCAUGGCUCAGCUGACCUACUGCUCCCUCUGUCCUCCUGAUGAUCUGGCUAACCGGGGCCUGCUGAGAAUCCCAAGUGCUCUCUAUGCCCACGAUGCUUUACGGCUCUGGCAGAUCAUUGCCCGGUACGUGGAGGGGAUCGUCCACCUCUUCUACCACAGGGAUGACAUCGUGAGAGGGGACCCUGAGCUGCAGGCCUGGUGUCGGGAGAUCACUGAGGUGGGGCUGUGCCAGGCCCAGGACCGAGGUUUCCCUGUCUCCUUCCAGUCCCAGAAUCAGCUCUGCCAUUUCCUUACCAUGUGUGUCUUCACAUGUACUGCCCAGCAUGCAGCCAUCAACCAGGGCCAGCUGGACUGGUAUGCCUGGGUCCCUAAUGCCCCAUGUACAAUGCGGAUGCCCCCACCCACCACCAAGGAAGAUGUGACAAUGGCCACAGUGAUGGGCUCACUACCUGAUGUCCGACAGGCCUGUCUUCAAAUGACCAUCACAUGGCAUCUGGGUCGCCGCCAGCCAGACAUGGUGCCUCUGGGGCAUCACAAAGAAAAGUAUUUUUCAGGUCCCAAGGCCAAGGCUGUACUAAACCAAUUCCAAACAGAUUUGGAAAACUUGGAAAGGGAGAUUACAGCCCGGAAUGAGCAACUUGACCUGCCCUAUGAAUACCUGAAGCCCAGCCACAUAGAGAACAGUGUCACUAUCUGAGCUCUAAGGUGCCCCCACCUGGAAGACUUUCAGAUCAGCUCUAGGACUGACAUCUCCACCUUGAAUUUCAUGGCUUCCUAAGUCUCUGCUGCUAAGGCUCUAUUUCCUCCCCCAACUAAAUCCCCUACAUCGGUAUCCCACUAGCCCAAGGGAGGCAGCAAACCUUUUCUGUAAAGGGCCAGAUA